AUGGCCCUACGGCCUACAGGUUUCUUCAAAGGUUAUUACAACAAAGGCGAAAGGGGAGCUUUUGGAAGCUGUUGGUGUACCCAUGGCUCCGGCGUGUUCGAGCUGCAAGUCCUGGAAAUGUCGAAUCCUCGCGGUGAACUGUCGAACGGCGAAUGUUGCGGCGGCGGCGGCCGCUCGCCCGUCACCAAUCGGUGCUCCGUCUCCUGUCAGACGUUCUUCAUGCUCUGCCUGAAGGAGUACCAAAGCAACGUCACCAACAACGGCCUCUGCUCCUUCGGCAACACGUCCAGCCACGUCAUCGGCAGGGAUUCCUUCACGCUCGCCGAUCCCGAUAGGGGGAAGCUCGAGUUGCCUUUUACCUUUCGAUGGACGAGGAGCAAUUUUCUAGUCGAGAAGAAGAAGAAUAAGAACAAGAAGAACAACAAGAAGAAGAAGAAGAUGAAAAAGUUGGGCAGGUGCCCGAGUUCGGCGUUUGUGCCUUGGUGA